AUGUCUGAUGUUCAUGAACCCUUGGAGUUGAAGAACUCCCUCAAAGAUGACGCCGAACGGGCGGAUGAGACCGCCGGUGAGGCUUCGGAUGUGGUACUCGACCCCAAGAAAGAACAGAAGCUACUCGCCAAGCUGGACACUGCGUUUGUUCCUAUUAUCAUGUUGACUUAUCUCUCCUGCUUUCUAGACAGGUCCAACAUUGGUAACGUGAAAGUGGCUCAUAUGCCAGAAGAUAUAAAUGCUUCAGAGAGUCAAUUUUCAACCGCGGUAUCAAUUUUCUAUGUGACAUAUGUGCUCUUCGAGGCACCGUGGGCGGUGUUGAUGAAAAAGCUUACGCCUCGAAAUAUCCUCACGUGUCUCUGCAUUGUUUGGUCAUUGACCACUAUAUUCACCGGCUUCAUUGAGUCUGUGGGGUCUCUCUACGCGACAAGGUUGAUCUUGGGUGCUUGUGAGGCAGGGCUGUUUCCAUGUCUCAAUCUCUACUUGACGAUGGUCUAUCGUCGGGAGGAACAGGCCAAACGUGUUUCUUAUCUAAUGAGCUGUGCCGCUAUCUCUGGGGCUGUGGGUGGCCUCUUGGCCUACGGACUCUUGCACAUGGACGGCAUUGGAGGCAAGGCUGGAUGGAGAUGGGUCUAUAUCAUCGAGGGCUUAUUUAGCGCUCUAUGCGCUAUUCUAAUCUGGUUUGGUUUGCCGAACAACCCUGCCGAAGCCUACUUCCUAAACGAAGAGGAGAGAUGGAUGAUGAGGGUGCGGAAUGAACAACGUCGCAAGUACAUGGGAAGUGACAAUUUCAGCUGGGAAGAGAUGCGGAUUGCACUGAGCGACCCCAAGCUUUUCUUUAGUGGUGUCAUCCAAUUCUGCCAGGACAUUCUCUUGUAUGGAUUCAGCACAUUCCUACCCACCAUCCUGGGCGGCAUGGGCUAUGAUUCCUUGAUGAGCAACGUUUUGACAGUACCGGUCUACAUUUGGGCUGCGUUGAUCUUUAUUGCAAUUGCUUUCUGUUCCGAUCGCUAUUCAAAGUUUGCGUCGUACAUCUUCGCCGCCAAUAUCUUCGGAAUCAUUGGGUAUAUUCUUCUGCUGACCGUGAAGAACACUGCCGUUCUGUAUUUCGCCACGUUCCUCAUUGGUAUCACAACUUAUACCUCUGUUGGGCUCAACGUCGCUUGGCUGAACGUGAACAUUGCCCCUCAGUAUCGCCGUGCACUCGAGAUUGGCCUUCAGCAGACAAUGGGAAACUGUGCUGGCAUUGUGGCAGGCCAGGUAUAUCGCACCUCACCAUAUGUGCUGGGCAAUGCUUUCUCGCUUGGCUCCCUUGUGGUAGCGCAGGUUACGGUGGCCGCUUUUGGAUUCUACUUGCGUCGGGAGACCAAAAUCAAAGAGCAAAUUGCUGCGGGUGAGAUAGAAGAUACUCGGCGGAUACGCACUGGCGAUGCCGAGGUGGAGUUUAAAUAUAUAUACUAG